AGAUAGUGUUAAUCAUAAUCGCUUUUAAUCCUAUAAGAUUAGUGUGAAAAGUCUCUGUAAAGAUAAGUAUGUAGUAAGGCUAAUGAAUCUACAAGUUGGUAUCUUCAAUCUUUGUGUAUAAAUUUGUCCAGACUCAUAGGAUAUACAAAUGAUCCCAAUCAUCUAUCAUCUCGCACUUUUGUAAUCCCUCCCUAAAAACGAUGCCAGGUCCUCGUAGUGGUUAUAAUCUUCACUUUACACGCGGCCUUCUUGCGCGGAUUUUUUGCCUUGUGUGGUUGCUUGCGUUGUCCGCAGUGGCAAAGAAAGGUGAAUGUGCUGGGUCAUUGUACCUCUGCGACUCAUCCGCGGAGCUCAAACCCGACUGCUCAAGCUGUGGUGAUCACUCGGUGGCAGACCAAAACACGAAAAAGUGCAUCAAAAGAGAGGCAUUUCCUUCUUAUUGAUGGUUUUUUCAUCAAGUAGUGAGUCGUAGUAUGUCUUAUUCCAUCUUAUUGAUGGUUUUUUCAUCAAGUAGCUAGUGAGUCGUAGUAUGUCCUAUUACAGAUGAUCAUGUGCGUAUUUUGCGGUGGUGUCGGAAGUGAGUUGGUUUUUUUAGGUAGUCCUAUGCUUCGCAGACCGACAUUUGUAGAGGACGUAAUCCAUCACGUGUCCCACAGGAUACAACUACAACACGACAGGACUGGCAAAAAAGAUCUGAAUCUAGCUUCAUUAGGUAUUCUCCGCGGAUUAUGCUAUCCACGACACUGUGGCCUUGCUGAUAUGGUUCUUCGGGGCUGGUCUCGCCAUGGCUGCUGGCGUCGGGGGCGGUGGGAUAUUUGUACCACUAGGUAUCCUGCUCUUGAGGUUCGGGGCAAAGACGGCAACCGGACUGUCCCAGGCAAGCAUUUUCGGCGCUGCGUGUGGGGGCUUGGUGAUUAAUCUGCAGAAUCGACACCCAAUAGCCGAUCGACCCUUGAUAGACCUCGAUAUGCUAUGCUGAACGGAAAGAUUAAGUAGAAGGAGAGUUGCCAGUAGAAGGUGCCUCUGGUACUAGAGGAGAGUGAACAAAGUGUAGGAAUUCGGACGCAGUCUCUCCACAACACGACGUCACCUAUAAUCUUGCUCGUGACGCCCUACCGUCUUCAACGUCCUGAAGUCUGAUUGUUUUAAGUACACCGUUUUAAGUACACCGAUAUCGAAGAACGCUUCUGGUGCAAAAUAAGAAUCACAAUACAAGAGGAACUCAUGAAUGAUUCCAGAAAUCAAAUUUUAUAUAUAAAGAAAGCUUUCCUGCUCUUCAACCUUCAUGCAAAGCUCUCUUUUUAGCACCCAUGGAGAUGGCUGGAGCUGUCCUUGGGGUGCUGGUGCAGCAGGUCUUACCUGACCACACAGUCAUCCUCAUCAUGGCUCUGAUCCUCAGCAACACCGCUUACCUCACUUUUCAGAAAGGUACUCUCUGUUGCAACUACUAGUUGAGUCCGUUGUAAAUCUGAAUCUACCUAUUUAUUUGACGUAUUUUUACUUAUUUAGACGUUGAUUGUCUUAAGAAGAGAAAGAGUUUCUUGAAUUCUAAGGCCAAUGAGAUUAUUUAGACGUUGAUUUAUGCACUGGAGGAGCUUGCGGGGGAAGUGAUUAUACUAACUGGUGAGUUAACUUAGGUGAGAGAAAAGAAACGCUCUCUGGAAGGUUCCUGGACGACAGUCGACAAAAAAUCCUCCCAGGGGCCAACCAAGCCUAGUCACAAAAAAUGACGACUGCCACGCCACUACACGUCAGCCAAGCAGAAAUGGAGCACGACAACGACCGCCGCGAGCUCCAUGACGCGGUCUGCAAUUUCGUCAAACGGGUCCGAGCACAACUACACUUCGAGACCUACGGCCAAAAGCUACCACUCGAGUGGGAACAACUGAUAGCUGCCGAGAAGCUACAGCCGGCAGCGGUAGCCAAACGAAGAAAACAAGCCACCGCCUUGUUCAGACGUCUGAAGACGCAGACGGAGCAAGCAAAUGCAGACUUGAUAAACGCUACGGCGCCAGAGCACCUAAAAAGGGUGCUACAGACAACCAAAACAAGGAACGUCAUCGCAAUGAGAAAACUCAUCGCAUUGACGGGCCAUCCGGACACGUCGCUACCGGACGACAUCCUCCAUGGAUUUCAAACAAUAGGGGAGUACAAGAGUACUGGCCUUUGGAAGGCAGACGUCAAUGCCGCGGAGGCAAAGGACCUCAAAGAAUUCUAUAGCACCGCGGUAAAAAUCCGGGAUGCGCCUCCGAAGGGUUUCCCAGAGGAAGCCCUUCGGCAAGUCCUCAAAAACAUUGAGGCAGACGUCCAGCUGGGCAGAUACAAAGAGAUCAAUCCAGAGGACCUCAAGGUCAUGCCGGCGUACGCCUUCCCAAAGGUCGAACCAGAGAAGGUUCGCGUGAUAAUCGACGAGCGGUGGAAAAACGACUUCUCAAAAAUGUCGGAAAAGGUGAGGCUCCACGGGACGCGAACGGUCCUGGAGAUUGUAAAAAGCUACAUGGCGCCUGCAGGCGCAGAGGGCCUCACCCUCCACGCACCGGUGACACAGUUCACCACGGAUAUCUGCGGCCAGGUGGCUAAAGAGGUCGCAGACUUCCGCGCAAAAACAAGCGCAAGCGAAGCCACAACCACCGACGAGCACCGCCAACUCGGCGAGCAGGUGAGGCUCCUCAACGAGGAGAGGAUGAAGACCCGCCCGGCAGGUAGAAAGCCUUGCAUCGCACUCCGAGACUGGAGCAAGGCCUACUACCAGGUAGGGGUAAAACACCCGGAGGAAAACCCGGUUGGAGUCUGGGACGACACCCAGGGGCGCUACCGCAUGUUCCUCGCGGCGAUACUGAACAUGGGGAACAAGUUCAGCGUCAGCAGCUGGUGUAGAGUGGCGGAGCUGGUCAUGAAAAUAAUGGCCACGCUCGGGCACACAGUAGUGCCAAUCUACAUCGACGACGCCAUCAUCCUCAGCCUCGAAGAGGGAGCGGAUGAGGCAAUAGAGGCAUACGAAGCUCUCUGCGACUGCCUGGGGCUGGAGCUCGCGACAAAAGCGACAGCACAGCAGGACUCGAGAAAGAGCCCUAUUGUGCGCAUACUGGGCCUCCACUACGACACAAGCCCAAAAACGGGAAUUGAUGUUGUGGUGCCAGACAACAUGCUCCAGCAGGUCGCGGAAGUCGCAAACGAGCUCCGGCAGAAAGUGAACACAGGACAGUUGGACAAAAAGGUGGUCCAGCGACUGCUCGGACUGGCAAACUUCAUCACCGUGUCCGCGGCAAACAGAGCCGGAAACGAGAUCAUGAGAUCUCUUUACGCAUGGACAGAAGACGCCACCUUCGACAAGUUGGUGAAGCAGCGGUGGCAACGGAGAGCCCUCCUGCGCUCCACUGCGGCCAUCGAGAAGAUGGUCCACAAGGUGAACAGGCUCAGACUCAGGCUAGAACAAAUCGUGAAGCCUCUGAGCUUCCUGUUCACGGACGCGUCAACAGAUGGCGGGCCGAACGGCGAGCCAACGCUAGGAUACGUCAUGAUCCACCACAGCGGGAAGACCCUCAUCCAAAUGCAGCCAUUAACGGAUGGCCGAUGGGCCACCGCCAGGAUAGAGGUACUGGAGGCGGCCGCGGUGGGCCUCGCCGCAAAGCAACUACCGAGUUGGACCAGCAACUCCGACCUCGUAGUGCUGAUCGACAACACGCCAGUACUCUACAACUUCAUCAAAUGUAGUGGCAAAUCCGCGGUGGUGGCAAACACCGCAGUAGACGUAGUCAAUCACUGGUACGACAACAAUGUCAAACCGUGGUACGUCUACAUAAAAUCCGAAUGGAACCUGGCGGACUACAUGACCAGACACGGCAAGCACAAACUGUUCAUCAACACCAUCCCACGGCUGCAGACGGUUCAGCAGUCCACUGGUGCCCGACUAUGGCUGGCUGAACUAUGUGAACGCCUGCCGGCCCCUGCUGUCGCUGUCGCUCCGGGAGUUCGUCCCUCCCACGGGAGCGACAAGCGCGGUGGAGGGCGGCAGCCGCCCCGGCACACCACCGACGCGGGCGCUGGCCGGCGGGAGGUCCUGACGCAAACCUGUGCAAAGGCCGGCACACGUCCCCGUAACCCCUCGACGGCGGACGCGAGUCUCAGACCGCCGACUCAAGUCCGCACCAGGAAGCCGGAGCCUGGUCGGGGUCUCCGGAGGAAGGUGCCGGUGAGGAAAGGAUAAGGGCUCGGAGCGGUCCAUUCACCGCUGGCACGUGUCAAACCGAGACCAGAGGUUGAGCGGGAGCUCAAGCCCCGGUAGUAGGCCGACAGCGCGGGCUGGAGGUUCAAAGUGACCUUGUCCCCCAGCGGGGGGACAACGCCUGCUACUGCCGAGGGAUUAGCCGCGCACCCGGGCCAAAGCGCCCCGGACCAAAGCGUCCGACGCGAAGAGCGAGCACCCGAAACCUCGCGGGUGCCGGUUGAUUGACUCGUAGGGCGACGGUGCACGAACACCGGCCGAGCCGCGAGAGGGGUUACGACACCCGGACGUUGGUGUGCAACUCUCUCUGGGGAGGUAAAGGCCUCCCGCCACGCUCCGUGGCAAAUUUAUGGGCCGUAGGUGCAACGACCGGCGCCGGCAAAGACCUGGGUCUGCCGAGCCAGCCUACCGUGCUGCCACAGCACUAAAAAGUAUAACUCACCAGUAGAUUUAGGAUCCCCGGGGGUUAAGUCUCCAGUUUGUAUAUUGAACAAAUCUUCACGUGCGGUGACAGAACCUCCUUUCGUACAUCCAUGAAACAGCCCUGAAACAGAGACAAAAAGAGAAGGAUGGGAGAGCAAGCACGGGCGGCCUAGGCGGAGGAAAUUCAGAGCAGCUGUCUUCGUCGAAUAAGGAACGAGCGGAACUAGGCGAUGUUGUUUUGAUAACGACAACAGCUAAGGCUACAGUUUAUCACUAUCCCCUGUUAACUAUGCUGAAUGAACGGCGGAUGUAGAAGUUCAUCUUUGCUACUGUUCGCACUGAAUGGAGGCGAAGCUAAGGGAGGGUAAAUCACUCACCCUCACCCAGCCAGAGAUAGUGAAAAACUACCUUUAAAGCAUCGCCUUCACAGUCGACAGAGACUCCCCCACCGGCUGUGUCCGAAGAGAGCACGAACCAGGACCACGCUGUAGAUUAAGAAUAGUUCUCCACAUCGCAUGAAUUGAACAUUGCGUGCCCGUUACCACGUACAUAUUGCAUCCUUCCUGUCAGUACGCAUCUUGUUUACCACAUACGGAAGAUUGAAUCUCAACAUCACGUGAAGUACAGAUAGCAUCCCCGACUAGUAGAGAGAUCUCUACUACCUAGCAUAGAGGACCUAGUAGCGAUACACAUUGAAAAUGAGCAUCCUCUACGACUACUAUUUUCCUACUUGGUCUGCUGGUGGUGUUUUAUAGACCAAUGUCGCGGAUGCAACAAGGAAGGAACAACAAAAUGGUAUGAUUUAACCUCUAAGACCAGCACAAACUAAAACCCGCGGAAGCUGGGGAGUGGCUCUUAGUGCAGCAAGGACAAGUUAAGGGUACGCCUUAGGUGUUAGCGUUUCUUUUUUUCAUAAACUCUAAUCCCUUCAGACAAUUUCUAUUGCCAUGAUUAGCUCUGCUUUUCUUAAGGGGAAAGGCAAAAGCAACUAAGGGGCACAGCUAAGUAGAUAAACGAAGACCACGAAAACCCUGUCUCUUCGAGGUAGUAUUCUAAACCAGAAGGAGGAGUAACUUCUGCACUAGACGCAUCACACUCUGGACCAAGCACCUUCAGCUUAGCUGCGGAAGGUGAGCACCGAAGUUCCCCAUCGAAUUCACCAAGUAGGAACACAGAUGACGGUGAUGACGACAAGGAUGUGGAAGCUUUAGAUUAAGGUCAGCUUUUAUCCAUCUUUCUCGGCAUCUUGGUGCCCUUUUCCCUUGUAUUCCCAUGAGAUACAAGGGAAAAGGGGCCAAGCUGAGGGACCCGGGAUGCAGUCUAGCCUACGCUAACUAGAGACGCGGCUAACAGAAAUGGAAGCAUCCUCGCCGAAAUGCAUCAGACGGAAUUCGAGGACUUCCACGGUGUAUUCCUCCAUGGAGUGGUUAGAAAAGAGCGCGGCGCAACCCAAGAAGCAAUACGCUUACCUUGCAGGAUUGUGGCUGUUUCUGGUAUUGUAGUUUCUUUUGGUAAGUGGUAGCUCUGUAUCCACAAUGUAGAUUUUGGUAAGUGGUAGCUCUGUAUCCACAAUGGAAAUUUUGAUAAGUGGUGAGCGAUGAGCGUGAGAGAGCACAAUACAGCUGUAGCCCACGACCUCUUGGUGCUGUACUUGCUCAAAGAUCAGGGACAACGACGGACAACAUCUCUCCUCUAUAUAAGUGGUAGCUCUGUAUCCACAAUGUAAAUUUUUCCAAGAAUAGCUAAAAAAUCAUAUCAGCUGACAAUGCUACUGUUGCGCGGGGGAAAAGGAGUAGAGUCGAUGCUCCGAGACCUAGUGCCUGUAUGUGGCGUCGGAUAUUGGAUUUUGACGCUCAUAAGUUUCAUGGGUCUCUUCACUUUUGGACUAGUGAUGGCACGCCGGGCGGUACACAAAAGCAUACGGAAACAAGCGGUAUCUAAUCAGAUUUAAAUCCUUCUAGUACCUUGGAGUUUACUCACUCAAUCAAUGACAGUUCUCAAUUUCAAUUCCGAUUUGUUUUGUAGUUAUAGAUACUGAUGCAAGAACGUGGAUACCGUGAGAACAACCAAUUUCUUUUCCUUGGAAUUCUUUCACGUGAUCAGCACUAAAACUAAUGGUUGUUCCUUUUUACAUACUGAUGCAAGAACGUGGAUACCGUGAGAACAACCAAUUUUUAGAGUAUAGUUUCCCUUGUUUUGUAGGUGUCCUUUGUUUUGUAGGUAUCCUUCCCCUUCGUUGAGGGUGACGUGAUAUGGACUUGGACGGACGCUUUUUUCUAUGCGCGGUGGACCUUCGCGGCAGGAGUGAUCGCGGGCCUCAUCGUUAAGAUUCACAUGAAAUCUGGUAGACUAAUAAAGCAACUAGUACUAGUAAAAAAUGGUAAAGGAACAACUACUAGUGAAAACCAAUGUUGAUAAACCCGAUGUCCCUAGUAGACCAGAAAGGUAGUAGAGUAUUUAAGUAGACACCAUGUUGAUGUUGAACCCACUGUCACAAUUAGCAUCCUGAUGAUGCUAUAGUUUUUAGAUGGACUCCAACUUCAAGGAUGAAUUUACUAGAAGUAGUGCACUGCUGCAACUUAGAGGAUGAACGGACUAGAAUUGACCAGAACGACAACGAGGUAGUACACUGGUAUGGCGGGAAUGUUCUAAAAUCAGUAUCGGCGGUGGGAUGAUUCUGGGUCCGCUGAUGCUGCAAAUGGGUAUACUGCCACAAGUGUCGACUGCCACCACUGCCACCCUCAUCAUGCUCACCGCCUCCUCGGCAGCGUUCAUGUAUUUACGACGCAAACUACUCUUCCGUACUAGAAGCACACUCUACUCUUACAUACUAGAAGAUAAUUGCAAUUGUAGCUGGGUUAGUACGAAGCAUUUUCAUCUUUUAAAUCCACAGCGUUGACGAGCUAUUUUUAACAUACUUACUACGAGCACAACUUGGUUCCUUUGAUUAGGUUAAGGCGACCAAGAGAGCAUCCUCAACAUCAUCAUUGGCCUCUUUUUCAAGUAGAAAAAGGGCCCAGGGAUGGGCUCAGGGAUGUGACGCGGUAGCUCUAAUUAGGGCGUCCUUACUGAAUAAGUGGAGUCCUUACUGAAUAAUUACACCUACUACACACAACUAAAAAUACAGCAAGUAGACUGGCUCGGGCGCCACCACCACUUUUGGUAGUAAAUCUUUCAACCAAUCAUCUGCUGAAUCUGUUCUAACGCUCGUGACUAGCGGGCUCGUUCCCGUGUCGUAUGCAGUUCUUUUCUUUUUGGCAGCGUUUGCAGGGGCCCUUCUGGGCAAGAGCCGCAUUGACCGCUAUGUGAAGGAACGCAAUAUUAUGGACAACUUGAUCUCACUAUCCCACAUGGACAAGGAUGCUGAGAAGUGGAGUCCCCUCCUUUGAUUUCUUAAAGGGGAAAGACACUAAGAGGGGAACUCUUCACUCAGCCAGGUGGGCGGAUAGUGAAAAACGAGUGGCGCUAACGAGAUGACUUCGCUUCUCAUCUUCAUCCUCGCAGCUAUCAUUUCCUUCGCGACGGUGAUGAUAGCGUUAAGGCAUGAUCCACAAAUCCAUCUUAUCUACUUCUAGAACCAGAGCAUCUUGGUCCAGUAGGGAACAAAUGGAGGCCACGAGGCUCGUAACGAUGGGUUUUUGGUAGUUCUAAUAGCGGUGGCUGGCCUCAUCAAAUAUGCUGACCAAAAUUUUUGCCUGGAGGGAUUGCAGCCCAUGUGUGCAAAGUGAUGAGGUCGAAACUCCAAGUCACUAUCACAAUAAACCCAUGCAUUGCCCAUGAUUAACCGCUUAGUGGUGAAUUGUCACCUCCCCGUAGGCGAGACGAUUCCUAUCCUAUCUUAUCCUAUCCACUCUAGCCCCACCCACCCUUCACAUUUGACUAUGCCUGCGUUACAUUGUUACGAAGGAUUUUGAUUGAUAUUGACAAAAACUAAAAAAUCCUACAUCUUGAAAGUCGAGGUCUUUAUUCAAGGCGUUGGCGGGACACGUGAUUCAGUGGCAGAUAGCAUGGUGAUACGUAUGUAUCUGUGUCUGUCUAUGUACGAAUUACUUUGCCCCUGCCGAGCGACGUGUGCAUAGUUACUGCAUAGUGUUGAUAUUUCUCCUUCUCGUACCCAUGUCAGUAUCUUUUUUUCUCAGAAAAUGUGCCUUCCACUUCAUGCUGGUUGUUUGAAUCUGUUUCGUCUUGCUGGUAGUUAAGGAGGACAUGACCCAAUCUCUCCCCUACUAGCUCAUAUUAUAAAAUGUUUCUCACCUUUUUGAUGUGCUAGCUGUUGUAUCUUCCCAUUUUGUCUAGUCGUUUCGAUUUUUCAAUGCCUGAACUACAACCAAGCCAUAUAUAAUAUGGUCUAGUCGUUUGGUUUUCACUACAACGAGAAGUCAUCUUAUUCCCUCUCUAUAAUAUCACACCAGUCAUUACCAAUAUCACAACACUUAUUAUCUUGAAGUUGAUGUCGAGCAGCUCUGAUUUAUUUUCAUGCAAAGUAUCAAUUUGUGAAGAUGUCAUUUUUCCAUUAAUGUUCACUCUUGGAGGUGUCCUAAACCUCCAUUCGGAAGACAGAUCCGAAAUGAACAGCAUCAAUAUUUAUGAUUUUUUGUUUGCAUUUCCUGCUUACUUAUCGUGUUCAUAUUUGACUUAUCAAGUACUGGAGACCAGUAGAGGGCUCUCAUUUACCCUCACUUAACCUCACUGAAUCGGCCCUCUAGUACAGCACCAGUGACUUCAUCCCCUUCGUAUAGUACACCGACAAUGCAUUAUAACUCUUGUGAAGUCGGUGCACCUGACUUGAUCGAGACCCUUAGUCUAGAACUAGUGACCAACCUUCAUUGCUUGUACAGGGACAAACUUGCGUGUGACAGACUUGUGUCGAAUUUUGGAUUCACCUGCGAGCAUUCAAGUCAAUAUGAGGGUGUAUGUUCUCAUUUCCGCUUCCUUUAGAUAGGACUGUUCUCUAGAUGGACAUUAGAGAGAACAAGGUCUGUGACACUGGCAGACGACGCCACUUUCAAGUCUGUGCUGCAUUGGUCGCAGGCAGAAAUCAGAGAUCAGAGCGAGUCGGCUAGAGAGUUGAAGUCAAGGAGAGAGCGGGAUGUCCACAAACCCCGAUGGUGCAAAAGAAGGGAGGCUCAAAGAGUUGAAAUGGACCAGAGACGGCAUGUAGCAUUCGAUGGAUCCCCUCUUACCCUUUACGGCGUGUAGCAGUCGAUGGAUCCCCUCUUACCCUUUUACUUUCAAGUUUUUCUCUUCGUAGUUGCACGGAUAGGUUCUCCCAUGUCCUCCUUUUCGUUAGUGUAAUAAACCCGCGCAUAUGUAGAAUGAACCUGCGAGUGUCUAGAUAUACCCGCCGAGCCGUCGCGGACAGGUCUAUGCUUCGAACCAUUUACUCCAAAAGCUCUUGUUCCCUAGACCAUUCACAGAAGUUCUGAAAAAAAAUAAGAACCUUUUAUCUAUUUUCCAG